CGCCGCGGCUCGGCUCGGCUCGGCUCGGCUCGGCUCGGCUCGGCUCGGCUCGGCUCGGCCAGCGGGACGGCGGGCGGCUGCGAUCUGCCGCGGCCGGCGAUGGAAGAUGGAGGGAGGCGGCGGUGCGAGCUGGGAGCCCACUUUGCAGGCCCCAUGGACCCUAGUGGAGGGACUUCUGCCCAGGACGACUCCUGGCAGGCAGCCAGGCCCGCCUGCAUCUCUUGCAGUUGGUUUUGCUCCUGUCUCCAUCUACCUCCUCUGUGUAACAAGCAGAAGCACUUGUCUGGGAUAAUGAUGUGUUGACCCACUCCCAUGCUGUUGGCAAGGCCAAAUAUGAAUUUUUAUUUGGCUUAGAAGAGGAAAAGCCUUCCGAAAUGGGUAGUGGCCAUGGAAGUAGUACUUUGCUCCCUCAUACCAUCAUCAACGAAUUUCCAGAGUAUGGCACAAUAGAGCCAAGUGGAGACACAAUGAGGAAUUCAUCUGAGUAUCAAGCAGAGCCUUUAGUGCAUGGCCCUGAGCGAUGGGACAGUGACCAGGUACCUUGCCGACCGCUUCCUGAGAGCACUGCUUCUGCAGGUGGUUCAGGAACUCACAUUAAAGCAUUGCAGCUGCAUGCUGCAGAAGAAAGUUUACAACCUGAGGGUAACCUGCCAGAGACUGUGAAAAUCUCUGGAUGGCUGGAAGCAACAAAGGUGCAAGAGAAAGCAAAUACUUCUCUUGAUUCAGAGACGCAAAUGGAAAAAGAGAGGGUUACUGGCAGCCAAAAUGUGCAGACAGCCAGAGAACCAGUUCCAACAGGCCAAGAAAAACCCUCAGACAUGCCUCUUCCAUCUGAAGGAACAGCUGAGGAAAAAAUGUAUUUAAUCAUAGAAAAAGAUCUGGCUGCAGUAUUGACUGGAGAAAAGCAGUCAGAGUCCUUGCAAGCCAUCAGUAAUAAAACUGAGGAGGUCCACACAGCACAAGAGACAAGCUGUCAUAGACCAUCUGUGACAAAUCUGGAAGCAGCCAGCAAAGUGGAGGGGUGGGUGCAUUUUGAGGAGUUUUCAGCAUACAGUCAAGGCAGAAUGCAAAUGGGUCCUGAGAGAAGGCACUCAAAAGAGGCAGCUGUGAGCAAACAUGUAGAAUUUCAAGGGGUGGAGAUUUUAUGGUUGAAAAAAGCAGAGGAGCAGAAAAGAAACAAGCAUUUGCUGUUGGAGACUGUGUCUGUUGAGAGGAAACCAUUUCCCAAAAUACUCAGCCACUCUGUACCACCUAUGGUCUCCCCAGCAUUGGUCAACUCACCAGAGACAGCUUGGAGGGAGGUCGGGGAAGACCUGAGGCCAGGAACUGUCUGUGGAGCCACUCCUUUGGCUUUGUUUGAUGAAAGUGGGGAGGAUGAAGUCUUUGUGAAGGAGGAUAAGAAACACAGUGAAGACGCUGGGGUAACAAGAGACAAGGACAGGAUCAUGGAGGAGGAAGAAACAGCCAUGGGAGGGUAUGAAGAUGUCCUUGGACAAAGGCACUCUGAUGUCUCCACGGAUCUGUACAGCUCGCAGUUUGAAAACAUUCUAGACAAUGCGUCUUUAUAUUAUAGCGCAGAGUCACUGGAGACCUUAUACUCAGAGCCUGAUAGCUACUUCAGCUUCGAAAUGCCACUCACUCCAAUGAUCCAGCAACGUAUGAAGGAAGGCAGCCAGUUUUUAGAAAGGACUUCAGCCUUGGGACAGCAAGAUGUCUUUAAGCUUCCCACUGAUGGGGAAAUGAAGAUGAGUUGCCACGAAGGGCUCUCCAAUGACUUAAGGGAUGUAAGUGAAACACUCUUUAGAGGAGAUGUCACAGAAGUUCCUCAUUUGGGCAGCAAUGUUAGAUUGCAGAAUAUGGUGUUAGAGUCUACUGCUGCUAUGGGGAGCAAUGAGCUUCAGGAGAAGGAUGGUGCAGGAGCCCUUGGCUGUGAUCUCAGCAAUGGUGGCAGCAGCAAUUUGGAAGCAGCCCGACGCCUGGCCAAACGCCUCUACCAUCUGGACAGAUUCAAACGCUCGGACGUGGCGAAGCAUUUGGGUAAAAACAAUGAAUUCAGCAAACUUGUGGCUGAAGAAUACCUUAAGUUUUUUGAUUUUACGGGCAUGACGCUGGACUACUCACUGAGGAGUUUCUUUAAAGCCUUUUCACUUAUCGGAGAAACUCAGGAACGAGAGAGAGUUUUAAUCCACUUCUCCAGCAGAUACUAUCAAUGUAACCCAAAUACCAUUUCGACUCAAGAUGGGGUUCACUGUCUCACGUGUGCCAUGAUGCUGCUGAACACUGACCUGCACGGCCAUGUGAACAUUGGGAAAAAAAUGACCUGUCAGGAGUUCAUUGCUAAUCUUCAGGGGAUGAAUGAUGGUAAAGACUUCCCGAAAGGGCUGUUGAAGGCCCUCUACAAUUCAAUCAAGAAUGAGAAACUGGAAUGGGCAGUAGAUGAAGAAGAGAAAAAAAAGUCUCACUCAGAUGGUACUGAUGAAAAAGAUAACGGGAGCCAGACAAAGGCUGUUGGUCGCAUUGGCAACUCUAAUAACCCAUUCUUAGACAUCCCUCAUGACCCCAAUGCUGCUGUGUAUAAAACAGGAUUCCUGGCUCGGAAAAUCCAUGCAGAUAUGGAUGGAAAGAAAACUCCCAGGGGGAAGCGAGGCUGGAAAACCUUUUAUGCUGUGCUGAAGGGAACAGUCUUGUACUUGCAGAAGGAUGAAUAUAAACCAGAAAAGGCUUUAUCAGAGGAGGAUCUGAAGAAUGCAGUUAGUGUGCAUCAUGCGCUGGCAUCCAAGGCAACAGACUAUGAGAAGAAACCCAAUGUCCUUAAGCUUAAAACAGCAGAUUGGAGGGUCCUGCUUUUCCAAGCCCAGAGCCAAGAAGAAAUGCAGGCCUGGAUUAACACGAUUAAUUGUGUGGCUGCUGUCUUCUCUGCACCACCAUUUCCAGCUGCAAUUGGGUCUCAGAAGAAAUUUAGUCGCCCACUCCUGCCAGCCACCACAACAAAGCUAUCUCAGGAUGAACAGCUGAAAUCCCAUGAAGCUAAGCUGAAGCAGAUCUCCACUGAGCUUGCUGAGCAUCGAUCCUAUCCUCCUGACAAGAAACUCAAAGGAAAGGAAGUGGAUGAUUACAAGCUGAAGGACCACUAUCUAGAGUUUGAGAAAACUCGCUAUGAGAUUUAUGUUGGCCUCCUGAGAGAAGGGGUGAAGGAGCUGCUGAGUGGAGAGAAUGAUGGACCAGGACUGAAGAAAUCCCACUCGAGUCCCUCAUUAAAUCAGGAGUCUCCAGUUGGUGCCAAGGUGAAACGCAAUGUCUCGGAGAGGAAGGACUACAGACCAGAAACACCUAGCAUUAAGCAGAAGGUCACUUAGAGUAGAAAUGACAACUAGGGGAACAUCCAUGCAGCAGAAUACCAGUGGUCAAACAUUUUUCCUUUGAUAAGCUGUCAUUCACAAAAAUAAGUGCAUCUGCCUGAAUGGGGUGUUAGUGACAUUUUCUAUUGUAUAUUUUGUUGUUUCUGUACAGAUUGUGGGAGAUGUCUUUGCUCCUGAUUUGCUUUGCUUUGUUAAUUUAUCAUUUAGCAACUGAAGCACAUCUUUGGGGAUGUUUUUGUUUUGUUCUGUUUUUAAAGGAGCUUUGGGGAGGGGAGGACCUCUGUGACUUACUUUCUGUCUCUUCCCCUUUUAUCUCCUCCCAUUGGCACGUGGCUUUCAUCUCUCAAGUCACUUGUCACUUUAUUUACGUGUUUGGUGGGAAAAGUAACUGAACAAAUGCUGCAGUGUUGUGAAUUCACACUGUUGCUGUGAGAAAUGUGUGUAAAUAGGCAGCUGCGGAAGGCUGGUUAGUCUAGGAUGCUGGGAAUAGUGUUUUCUUGACAAUGCAGAGCACAUGAUACUGAUACUCAGCAAUGAGUGUUUCAGUAAAUAGGCACUGUUGCUUAUGCUUAUAGCAUUGACUCUGGACCCACAAAUGCGAAGGAAUGAAACCUGAAAGUCUCUGGGAAUGUUGGGAUGGCAGCAUUGGAAUCAUUCGUUUUUCUUUCUUCACAAAAAGUCUUCUCUCGAGGUUGUAGACUGGGAGAUAUUCAAACCCGUGCUAUCUCUGUGGCCAAGGAUUACCUAGCCAAAAUGAGCCUGGACUUUAAACUUACUUGCAAAGAAGCUACUGUAGAUGCUAGCCAUUGUAAGCAUUGUAUUUUAAAGACAGAGGGUGUCUGUGUAGUUUUUAACUAUACACUCUCACUUAGCUGCUAUAUAGAGAGCCUUACAAUAUAUCAUUCAUCCAUGUUCUCCCUUCCAGGAGUUUCCUUGUUGGUAUGCACAGGUAUUUGAAAUUUCUCUGCUAGUGACAGAGUAUUUUGCCUUUUCUCUUCAGGAAGGGAUUCUCCUCAGCUAUCCAUUUUCCCACUUCAGCUCAUGUUUGAGUGGAACAGGCUCGUGCAAACUGGAGGAUGGGAUAGACUUGUGCUCCUCAGAGGGCAGUACCAUCCUGGCUGCUCUGUGUCUGGCGGUCAGCACAGAACAGCCUCAGAUUUGGCAGAUCCUAUCCUCUAAUCAUGUGAAACAGCCUGUGUUGCAGCUCCAGCAUGUUCCACCUUGGGCUAUUAGGGGCAAGCUCAGGAUGGAGAGAGAGGAACACAGCUAGAGAUUUCCUUACCUCAGAACCCCCUGUUUGCUCCACAGUUCUUUGGGUAGUCCACAGUCUGGGCACUCGCGUCAGAUUAGAAAGAUGAUGCAGAAAUCCCUUUUUUACUUUCAGCCCCUUCAGCUUUGAACGCAAUAUGCCAUUGUGGAGAGAAUACACUCACCCAGUACUUAACAUACUUAACACCCUGGGUUUUAAUCUCAGGUUUGAUACUGGCCUGCUGAGUGAGCUCAGACAGGUCUCUCCCUUUAUGCCUCACAUCCCAUAUGCAGAAUAGUAUAACCACGCUGGCCUUUUCCACAGAGCAUCCUGAAAUGGAAUGUUAAGUAUCAAAAGAAAAUUAUUGCUAUUAUAUUUUGUUGUGGCUGGCUCAGGUCAGCCUUCCUGAUGGAUAUAAUUCUCAGUGUGUAAAGAAAAAACCAAGAUCAAGACUGUUUAGAAAUGUACUGGUACUUCCAGCUACAAUAGUUGUAGGCCCACAGAGAUAGCUCCAUCAGAAAGAUUGCCACUGGAGUGGAUUUAUGGUCUGCCAGAUCUUCCGAAUGGUCCAAGUCAGUUAGUCUAGCUUACUGAGCUGCUAGUUUAGUGGGCAGCAAAGGGAACAAUCAAAGAGAGGAGGACUUUUGCAGGAGCUGAAUGACGUACCACCCCACUGAGGACCACUGUGCAACAGCUUUCCCUGUGCUGUGCUGGCCAUCGACUGUAAUGAAGAUGGUGUACUACCAGGCUCCAGGAGGUAUCAAAGCUAAUCAGUCCUCAAAGCUGCAUCCUAUUAGCAGAACUGGAGGGAACUGGCUUUUCAGCUUGGUGAUAGGACAGCAAGCAACAUGGCAAACAAACAUACCGCACCUGCUGCCACAUCUGGCCUCUCUUUGCCAGUAGUCUGGAGGUCAGCACUUACCCCAGCAACAUCACUGAGGACUGCCAAGACCCAAAUGGAAACUGUCAGCUCUUCCCAAGUUUCGGGGUAUUGGCAAUUUGCAUGCCUAGACUGGAGCAAGUGUCCAGGCAUUUUUCUGAAGAAGAGAUACCUCCUGGAACUGAAGCCAAAGUUGCAGAGUGCUGAGAGAAGAAUUUCAGUGUAGACAGGUGCAUGGUAGCACUCACUGGAAGGAAUUGUUUGGAUUACUCACUAAAAGUGUGGUAGAUCAACAGCUCCUGGAGGGGAAACAAAGCCAGGAGAUCCCUGCAGCUGUUCAUCAUACUGUGGCAGCUGAAAACAAACAGAAGAGAGGUUACACUGAGAAAUAAAAUCUCAUGGGGAAUGCUGAAUGCACUUACUCAAGGAGUAAACAUUUGCUGUCUUUGAUACUGUGCUUCUUAGAAAGCAUGAAGUGGAAACAAAAACAAA